AUGUCAAAUCGAUCAGCAUCACCGGUUCCAUCCACCUCACCGAGCCAGGAAUGUGAUGAGCCACGGGUCCUUGCGGUUCCUGUCAAGCUAGAUGCGUUCAUAUUCAACGCAGAUGUUUGUGGUGGAAGCGGAACCCUCCCGGAUGAAGACGAGAACAAAGACUCGGCCAAAAUCGCGCCCUUCAAGCAGCCAAACUACACCUUCUUGCGCUUUGAACGAUCGAAAGUGCAGAAUGACACUCUUGAGUUCACUGACCUGCACAAGACCGGCCCAGCAGCUUUCAACACCCGCUUCACCGACCUGGGCACUAAGAAGCCUUAUCCUGACCGACAAGGCGUUUACCUCCACUGGAUUGUGCCUCGAGGAUAUCGAAUUGGCUCGACCGUCGCCAACGACUUCACUGCGCAGCAGCACGCCAGGGCGCGUGAGGGUUUCGUCUCGGUUACUCCCGAUCCAGAAAAACCGGCAAAGACCCAAGGGAAAGGCUCCGCUGAGGAUGAUUCUGUAGAUCAAGGAGACACCAAAGCCUCGGACUUCCGCCCUGCCCCCUCGCGCUGGAUGAUUAUUCGCAAGGUUGAGUCCUGCGAUCCACCAAAUGCUUUGCCUGAUAUGGACGCCUGGGUGGUCGAGAGCAACCGCUGCACUACCCUGGAUGAGAUCCCCACAGAUAAAGAUAUCCAGGUUGAGUACGCUCCUUAUGUCUCGGCUGGUAAAGCUGCAGCCGAUAUGGAUAUGGAUGCCAUAAACAUGCAAGCCGAGGUCUUUAUCGGGUACAAAGAGAGUGCUAGUUCCUGGAUGGAGUGCGAGGUUCCCAAUCCAUUACCUACUGACCCUCAACGUGUCGAUCUCAACCUCGUGAACUCGUCCAAUCCGCUUUUUGCUGAUUACCAGCCGCACAACGGCAACGUUUUCAGCAUUAUUGACACUCUCAAAUACAAAGGAGAUGAUGAUUCAGAGCCUAUUGCGGUCAACCAGGCUACUGUCAGCUAUUGUGUCUUUGGUUGGCAUGGUCUCCAAGGCGAGGACCCAUUUGGAACCUUGGACCCCAAUUCGAAGCCUUCUGUAACUCGGGGUCAGCGCCUUGCUGCGUUGAAGAUGAAGUUGGAUCAGACAGAUAUAUCAACUGCGCAAGGAAUCACUGACUGGACCCAGUCUCUUGACGCAGCUCAGCUGAUCUGCCAUGGAGUCAUGUACAAUGUCAAAUGGCAGGCUGCGGGGAAGCCCAAAUACAUGCCAGCGGAUGGCUUCUUUGAAAAGGUACAAGCUGAUGUACCAGUAGCUGUUGGAACCACGCCGAUGGAUUCGUUGCUCACCUACAUCAGGAGCCAUACCAAGUCUCCCUCGGUUGACGCUGAGGACAAUAUCCAGAAGGUGAUGCAGGAUCUACUGUCGAUCGAGAAACUGCUGCAUGCUCAAGACGAUGGUGCCGAUGCUCAAGCAGAGGCAGACGACAUAGUCUACAAUUGGAACUAUGCCAACUCCAGUGGCGGCCUUCAUUACUUCCUGACACAAGGGCCUAAAUACAAUGAUGGAAAGCCGACACAGCCCAGCAGUGAUAAUAUCAAAGCCCUCAAUGAUAUCAACAGCGCCCAAGACUACCUCAACAGCCUGGAUAGACAGGUUACGGCACUCCGCUGGAAUAUGUUUGCGUACUGGUGGGACUAUUUGUCCAGUAUCACUGAGCCGGAUCCCAUCAAGACAGGAGGUGCAGUGGCAGAUAUGACGACUGCGUUUACCAAGCUUGUCACAAUGAGGAACAAUACGGCUACAAAGGUUCGAGAGCUUGUCAGAAAGCUUCCAGAAGGUCUCGCGAAGCAGGGGGCACUCCCACCAUUCUCUGAGGCCCGUGAUCCUACACUGUUGGUGGCUGGUGUCGAGUCGGGCUGGCCUUGGGAUUUCCUGCAUGACUUGGAUGCUCGACUCGACACACAAAUAGCGGCCCCUUCAUCUUCUAUACCACCAGUCAAGCCUAGUUGGGAGGCGUUUCUUAAAACCACCCUGUCCAAGUUGCCCCAAGGUUUAACGGAUGCCGGCAACAAUCUCGUGGAUGAGUUUCUUGCACUGAACCCGGGAAAUCCAAACCAGCCAGCUCCUGGCGGGGGCUACAAACUUCCACUUUAUCAUGAUCUGGACAAGACUCACAUAUUACCAAAUGGUAAGAUCCCAUGGAGAGACCGCUGGGAAAAUCGUCAGGCAUGGUUCCCUCUUUUUCUAGAGUGGAUAGCCGAGUAUAACCAUGUCCCUUUCACACCUUUCACCCCCGUUGAUGAUAAAUGUCAAACAAUUCCUGCUUGCUGGAGUCUGGAGCCACAAGAAAGUUGGCCGUCUCGUACUCAAGCCCAAAAGCUACGGUACGGGAUCAAGACAGGUAUUGAGCUUGCAGAUGAAUGUCUACAUGACAAGCGAACGGUAUCUGGCCGGGUCUUGAUUCUCCCGCAGGCGUCACAGAAUCUUCAGACCCUCGUGGAGAGCAUACUAGACAAUUUGCCCGAUGGAUAUUUGGAACCAGAUCAAGUCGAGGAGCUCAAGGACCACUUGCAUGAACUAGCCUUCUUGUCUUCACCUCUGUCCGGUUUCACGAACCAUCUUAUUACGCGAGCCCAGGGAAAUCACAUCAAGCCGACGCUUCGAUCAGCAGCUGAUUCAGCUUCGAAUGCGACUGACGAUACACUGCCAUUUAAAGCCGCAAUUGAGGUCGGAUCAAAGGCAAACUUCAAAGAUUCACAGCUGCGAAUCAUGGGUGUCGAAACAGACAUGACCCCUUAUGGGACUUUGGUUCAGGUUGGAUCGUUGAACAACGAGUAUUGCCCAUUCAAGCCCGUCACACAUGGGCAGUUUAGAUUCACCACUCUAAACAUCAUCGAUAAAUUUGGCCAGGCAAUUCCGAUCAUUGACCAGACACCGAGGCCCAUCAACGAAGGGUCACCGCCAUUGUAUCCCUGCAUCAGCGAGUAUUACACUCCACAGGUCUCCAACAAGGAUCCGAAUAAAGCAAACACGAUACAGUACGAUAAAGAGAAAACAUGUCAGUACAUACAGUUACCACCAUCGAUCAACCAGCCCGCGAGACUGAACUUCGCCUUUGUUGACUAUGUGGACGAGGACAAGGCCGCUGGCACUGUUGCAGGAUGGCGGCCACUUCAGGAAUGGGACACAAACUUCAUCUGGGGGUGGGUUUUGCCAAACUACGCGGAUAGCGGCAUUCAGCUAUUCCUCUCUGACGGCACCUUUUUCCGCGAGAUUCGCCUCGGCGGCCCAUAUGGUGCAACUUCGAGCGGGACACCGCUACCUUUCCCUGCACCGCCUGUUUCGACUGAUCCAGACUUGAUGCAGUUGGAGCUCCUUGCAGAAAGGUUGAUGGACGCCGACUAUCUGCACUCAUUCGUGGCUAUGCUGGACCAGGCAUUGGGAACUAUCGCUCCGCCACCUAAUGCAUACUCAGAGUUUCUCUCGUCCAUUGUCGGCCGACCCCUGGCUUUGGUCAAAGCAGCGUACUCCCUCGAACUCGCCUCGCAGCCAUACACGAAUCAAAGCACCCUUGUCAACCCUCCCAUUCCUCCUAGUCAAGAGCUACAGACGUAUGAGUUUGGCAUUCACCUUGGCGACGCAUCACGCAUCUAUGACGGCCUCAUUGCCUACUUUCUCCCUCAACAGACACCAACUGCAGGCAACAGCAUUGAUCUGAACACCAUCUACACACACUUUGUGCCUACCCAACCACAGUUCCCUGUCCCAAAUCUCACCCAAAUUAGCCCCGAAAACUAUCCAAUCGUUAAACCUUUCUGGCAGAACCCCAUGGGUGCCUCAGUUGUUGGCCCUCCUGGGCAGCCCAAGACAAGUCCACAAGACUCCUACGCAACACAAUGGAACUCACAUCUUGUCCCCGUUGGUGCUCUUGUGGAUCCAUUUGUGCCUUUCCACGCAUACAGCGGUAUCCUACCUACAGCGGCAGCACAGCUUCCCGCCUGGACCUGGCAAACGGCGCUCAAGCGCAUGACAGCCUUCUUUCAUAUGGGCCCACUACUUUCGACGAGUGACGUACCAGAUUUCGACAGCCAGCGCGCCCUCACACCGACGUACAACUUGACAGAUGAUGAAAAGAUGGUGCCAGGAGCAGGACUGGGCACGCCAGCUAUGCAGACCGGGGAGUGGGCUUGGCUACAGCCGUACAACGUCUCAACAAAGGAUAAGAAAGGCCCAGAGGAGAGCGGAAACGAUGAGGAUGAGAAAGUGACACAGUUCAUGGCGCUAAGUCUGGAAGCAGUUGAUACAAGGCCAAGGCUAGAGCCAUCGCCGUACACUGCUGUUGAAGGUUACAUGCAACUUCGCAUGCCGAUUCAGCAGGGAGCCAAGCCAUCGAAACCUAUUUGA